CUCUUAUCCAACGCAUGGUUCCAACUACAGAAUCCAAAGAUAACAGUUCGGAAGCUCGUACAUCUCCGUGGUGGCAUUUGCAGCCCCCCGAGUGGGAUGUGCUCGUAUUCUCGACUUCGUUGAAGCUACUCUUAUUCCCAGCCUAUCGUUCAACAGACUUUGAGGUCCAUAGGAACUGGCUGGCCAUCACUCAUUCGCUUCCGAUCUCCCAAUGGUAUUAUGAUACGACAUCAGAAUGGACACUCGAUUAUCCCCCGUUCUUUGCAUAUUUUGAGAAACUACUUUCCAUACCGGCCUAUUUCAUAGAUCCCAAAAUCGUCGAUUUGCAUAAUCUAAAUUACGACUCUUGGUCUGUCAUUGCAUACCAGCGCUGCACGGUUCUAGCUACAGAAAUGGUUCUUGGUGUAGCUCUAUUGAGAUUCGUACGAGAUGCUGUCGACCCAAGGAUGCAAAGAAUCAUAUCUGCUUCCUUGUUUCUUCACCCUGGAUUCCUUAUAGUCGAUCAUAUGCACUUUCAAUACAACGGAUUCAUGUUUGGCAUCUUGCUUUGGUCUAUUCUUAUGGCCCGCAACGGAAACAGACUUGCUAGCGGUAUUCUUUUCGCUGUGCUUCUAAACUUCAAGCACAUCUACAUGUAUCUCGCACCGGCAUAUUUUUUCUAUCUACUUAGAUCAUUUUGUUUUUCUUCCUCGGGAGACAUCCAAAUCAAGAACUUCCUUUUGCUGGCCAAUUCGGUCAUUGCUGUAUUUUUGGUGUCUCUGGGACCCUUCCUUGUCAUGGGGCAAUUGCCACAACUUCUUAGCCGUUUGUUUCCAUUCACUCGUGGACUCAACCACGCGUAUUGGGCUCCAAACGUGUGGGCCCUUGUAACAUUUACUGAUCGAGUUCUACUUCGAUAUGCACAGAGGGUCGGUGCAGACAUAAUUAUCAAUGAACCUGGUGUUGCAUCUGCGUCACGAGGACUCGUUGGAGACACGGUUUUUGCUGUUUUACCCAAUGUUCAACCUAUUCAUACUUUUACGCUGACGCUUGCCUUUCAAUCGAUCGUGUUGCUGAAACUGUGGUCCAAUCCGACAUAUAAAUCCUUCUUGACCGCGCUGACGCUUUGUGGAUAUUCGUCAUACUUGUUUGGUUGGCAUGUUCACGAGAAAGCAGUAUUAUUGGUCCUUGUUCCUCUCAGCUUACUUGCUGCAGAAAGGCAAGCAUAUUUUCGGACGUUUAUAAUUGCCACCGUAUCAGGGAUAUUUUCUCUGUUUCCUCUUCUGUUUACUCCGGCUGAGUCCCUGAUUGAAGUGUUAUAUUCUACGUUAUGGCUCCUUUUCGUAUACCAACCACUAUCACGCCGCGUUUAUGAGUUGCCCCAGUCACUGUUCUACGUGGUUCUUGAUGUCCUCGAGAAGCUAUAUCUUUGCGGAUUCUUUCUGCUCCAGCUAUUUGUGUCAUUUUACCCAAUGAUCACGGCGUAUACGCAGCACUGUGAUUCUUCUUCAGACAUAUCUUGUGACGAUUCGUCCCUGGACAAAAUGCAAUUUCUGCCGCUUAUGACUACUAGCGUAUAUUGUGCUGUAGGACUGGUCUGGGGUUUCUUGCGUUUAGUAUACAUAUAUUUGCACGAGGAGUCAACAUAUCAAAGCCAGCUUAGUAAAAUUUAAUACAACUGUAUGCAUUUGUGGCAUAAAAAUG